UUGUCCACGGGAUCAGACGCUUCAGAGAGCUUGUUUCGGAUUUUCAGCAGCCCAUAUGAGGGAAAGAAAUUUUCAUGUUGGUAGAUUUGUGCCUGAGAUGUCUAUGUCGUCCUUGGAGCCUUCUCAAGAACCUAUGAUGCGACUUUUUCUAGCAACAGAGGAAAAUAGACUUGCUUUUUACUCUUCAAACAGUGAACCUUUUAUUUAUUCUACUACGAACAUUCCAUCGUUCUUGAUGGACUGUGGGACGAUAGAUAACUCGGACGGGAGAAACCUUGCGGCUUUGUCGCAAAUGGAAUCAAGAAAAAUGAUGUCGCAUCAUAAACCUAUCAUCGAAGAAGAUAUAGAGACGUGGGACUCUAUUCGUAUUUUAUCACGACGAAAGAGAAAUCAUAAAAAAGGUAUAUCAAAGCCAGGUAGACCUCCGUCUCUAUUUAUCAAUAUUUCUGACUCUGAAUUGACAGAAGAACAGAGAAAACAGAAGAAGAGAAUUUUACGAAGGAGAGAGCGGCAAAACAUGGCCUAUCGAAACAAGAAAUUGAUAAAGCAGUUACAAAGAGAACAACAAGCAAGUACUUUGAAAGAAAGUGGAAGCAAUGAGCUAUUGCAACAAACCAGAAUGAGUCCGUCACAUAUUAGCUCUAAUGCUUUUUCUUCACUUCCUUUGAGUUUCUCUGGAGGUGGGAAUGAAGUCAUAAAAUGUCGCAUUUCUCCUGAAAGUAGCGAAGGCGAACAAACUGUCUCCACCAAUGUCCCAAGAGUAUUUUCUUUUGAAAAUGAUGCGUUGAAGGAUGAUGAAAGGAAAUUGUUUGGAAAUUUGAAUGUUUUGCGGAGUUCUGAUAGUUUUUCUACCGAAGAGAAAACAUCGUGCGAGAGUGGAUCAAAUAAUGUCAUUUCAGAUUUUUACCUGGUCCAAUCGCUGGAAGAAGAGCUCUUACAAGACAAUACCCAUUUUUCUAGUUUAUCAUUAUAUUAUAGAAAGGUUCUCAUAGAAAUACCGUUUCUUGGUAGAGAAGCAUGGUCUGCAUUCUCCAUAUUUCCAUCUACAUUUAGCUUCCAAGCAGCAAAGUAUAUUUUAGGUUGGUCAGAGCAAGAUAAUUUGUUUUUCGAGAAACUUGCAAGAACUUUGGAAACUGAAAAAGUUUUACAGAUUCAUGCAGAUGGGAGAUUACAGCUGUAUCCUAUGGCAUAUUGUUUCAUUUUAGAAUAUUUGAACGCAAAGAAUGGCUAUUUUCGACACAAAUAUGAAGUGUGGAAGUGUCGAUUCCUAGGUUACUACUGUAAAUUGAUACAAGAGCAAGUUAGUGACGAAAUAUUUCUUCAUCGUGGCACUUGCAAACAACAAGCAGAAAGUCUGUAUACUUUAGAACGGGAGAAUAUUGAGACUGCCUUGAAAAUAGCCAAGGAAUGGGGUUGGAAAACAUACCGUUGGGUUUUGGUUGUCAGCAGUUGUUUCUUGAAAUAUAUUUGGGAUGCAGAGUCCAGAUUAGAAGAAAGUUCAAAACUUUUGCAGACUUUUCAAUUCGAGAGAGAUGAUUGUUUUGAUCCGGAGUCAGGUGUCGACAAGCAUGAAAGUCUUUUCGAAGAAGAAAAUUUUGAAUACUUUCUGUCUUUGAAUAUUCGAAUAUUCAAAGAUACUCUGCUAUACUGCGUUCCUUGCUGGGAAAAGGGCGUUCUGCUUCGAAGCAUUGGUGAAGUUCAUUUUGAGAACAGAAAUUUUUUGGUUGCCUAUGAUUAUAUUACUGCUGCCUUAAAAACUGUUCAAGAAGAACAAAUGGGUUGUAUGAAAAAUGGUAGAAUUCAUCAGCUUUUAUGUUUGUAUUUAUUGACAUGUAUGGAAAAAGAACGUCAACAGUUACAUACUGCACUUUAUUUAGCGGAAAAAGCAAAAGAAGAAUGUUGUGCUCUGCAACUGCAGUCAACUGUUGUAUGGGUUCAAUUUCAUCUUGUAGUCACCAGUAUACUUGUUGAGCUGACUCGAUAUAAAGAAGCUCAUGCUAACUUGUUGGAGAUCGUUGACAAUUUGUUGGAAAAUACCUCCUAUGACGCUUGUAUUCUUUUAGAGUUGGAUGCCUUGUUAAUGUACAUAUUCCAAAAGCAAGGAAAAGAGGUAAAUGCCGAGCCAUAUUUUCAAACUUUAAAAGUUCCUAAAUCGUGUCACAACUUGAUAUUAAAGAAGAAGGCAGGGUGUGAUUAUUUGCUCGAUUGUGCAAUAUGGUCACACUUUUUAAAUCAAGACAAUUCUGACGGAACGAGCAAUCUCGCACAUGCAUCAUCAAGAAAUAUUAUUUCUGAAUUAUCAAACGAAAAAUAUUCUCUAUGAUGAACUUAGCUUUUGAAGUGAUAGUGUCUCUGCAAGUCAUUCUUUUCAAAGAGGAUUGAAAGAACACUAUGUUGUUGUGAUUAGUUGACUUUCUUACCAGAACUGGAUAGUUGCGUUAAGAAAAUAGUCUAGCUACAUUUGUUCGUGCAAUGCAAUAAAGAAUAGAAGGAAGACGAGAAAAAGUCACAGAAUAUUUGGAGGCCGUUAUUACAAGUUCUAUCAUGAUUCCUUGACCAUUUAUGACUUGCUUUUCUUAUUGUGUCCGUUACGUUGCGAGGAAACGAAAGAAUGGGCACGUUUCGUGAGCUAUGGGUAAAAAGCUGGUAAAUGUCUCUUUUUACAAAAGUUUUUUUACAGUCGUACAGCUUUUGAGAUCUCUUUCGUUGUUUUACGAUCAUUUAUCAAGCUUUGAAUAUGAAAGAAAACCUUACUUUGUCUG